CUCCGGGUUAAUCAUGGAAUUCUGCUAGUACCACCCUGCCAGAUAAGCACGAAGAUAUCCGCAAAGAAGAAGGCAAUAGCGACGGGGAUAAAGAGUAGUCAUCUUCUCAAAUCUUUUGUUUUCGACCUUUCGAGAAGAUACGUGGAGCACGAAGUCAUUCUUGAAGUGAGGAUAAGAUUCCUUCUCCAUCAUGGUCGGUGCGAGUGAAAGAAGCGCUGCGGACAUUGAAUCUGGAGCAGUAGUGACUUUCAUCGAGGCACCGGGAACUGUCGUUCUUGAAAAUUCUCAAUCAAAGUUGAAGCAUGGACAAGAUGGAACAUUGGUCCUGUACCCGCAACCGUCGGAAGAUCCAAAUGAUCCUUUGAAUUGGUUUUAUUUCCGCAAAAUCGUCAACUUCUCGUUGGUCGCAUUCUAUGUGCUGAUGGUCUUUGCCUUUCAAGAUAUCCCAGUCAUUGUAUUUCAAGACUACGUCGACCAACUCGGCGUGACCUAUGGCCAGCUAAACAAUACUUUCGGACUCAACUGUGCCGGACUUGCUUUGGGAUGUCUAAUGUUUAUCCCAUUUUCCAUCAAGUAUGGUCGGCGCCCAGUGUAUAUUGUCACGACGUUUGUGAUGUUCUUCACUACGAUCUGGCAAGCAAGAUUGCGUACUUACGUGAGUAUGAUGGGAGUUAAUCUCGUCAUGGGUCUCGCUGGAGCUGUGGCAGAUACGAUUGUGCAAAUGACUAUCAACGACCUUUUCUAUCUUCACCAAAGAGGAACAAUGAACGCUAUCUACUUGAUCUUUGUCAAUGUGGGGGUCUACCUUGCUCCCGUGGCGGCAGGCUAUUCAGCUCAAUCUCAAGGAUGGCCGUGGAUAUAUUGGUGGUGUACCAUAUUUUUCGGCAUUGUUAUGGUCAUCUUCCUCUUCAUUUAUGAGGAAACUAAGUACAUGGUCAUGUCCGAAGGUAAAGAGGUACCCACAUCUGAAGUUCUGAUUGGCGAAGGCGAGAAAGGUGUCCAGGGCAACGAAAAGCAGCCAGUCGAGAACGCCACAGCAGCACACUCGACGAGACAAAUCGAUGCCUCGAUUCCAUUGAAAUCUUAUCGCCAACGAAUGACACUAAUCACCAAGACUCCCGGAACAUUCAAGGACUUUCUACGUCAUUUUUACAACCCAUUGUUGAUGUUGGCAAUCCCAGGAGUCGCUUACACGGCACUCCAAUACGGCGCAUUCCUUUCGUGGAUCUCCGCUGUCGCCACCACCGAGUCAGACUUCUUCUCUUCAGACCCUUACGACUUUUCCACAAGUGGGAUCGGAUUACUGAAUCUGGCACCGUUUAUUGGUGCGGUCGUUGCUGCCCCUUACUCGGGCCCCUUGAGCGACUGGUCUAUCAUCCAGCUGGCAAAGCGAAAUGACGGUAUUUACGAACCGGAAAUGCGUCUAUAUCUUGCUAUCUUCCCUGCGCUGGUUGGACCUGCAGGUCUCUUCCUCUAUGGCUUUGCUCUGGCACAUGAUGCUCAUUGGAUAGCGCCUAUGGCAGGAGUGGCUCUUUACGGAUUCUCUCAAGCAUCGAUCCAGGCAUUGAGCUUGACAUAUCUAAUGGACUCCUACGAAGAGGCAAGCAACAUCCCCAUUUUUGGUGUCUGCUUCGUACGCAAUGCAAUUGCUGCGUGCAUCGUUUUCGCAGUCAGCCCCUGGAUUGAGGGCAUGGGGAUGUACAACACUUUCGUCCUGCUCGGAUGUGUUGCACUGUUCGUGAUGCUGUUGUGUGUACCGAUAAUCAUUUGGGGGAAGAAACUUAGGAUUUUAUGCAAGGGUCGCUACGCCGCUUAUGCCAAGGUGCAGCCUGCACGAAGGGGAUAG